CCACCAUCCUCUCUUUCUCUCCGCUUAUAAAUACCACCGCUUCCCUCCCUCUUACUCAGGUUCCACGCCUUCUUUUCUCUUACCCUCACCAGCCAUAUCCUUCCUCAAGAUUCAGAACAAAAUGAGACCAACUAGAACCCUUACCUCCACCGCAACAACAAUUACCUCAGUUCCACCUCCAGCUAUCACGCAACAGCGCUCGCCAUGGCACUCUCCGGUGCCUUACCUCUUUGGAGGUUUGGCAGCGAUGCUGGGCUUGAUUGCGUUUGCCUUGUUUAUCUUAGCUUGCUCUUACUGGAGACUAUCUGGUCGUUUAGAAGAUAAUGAAGAUGGUGACCAGAGAGAUCUUGAAAGUGGUAAUGAAAAAGAGGGACAUGCAGGCAAGGCAGAAAAGAUUUAUGAGGAGAAGAUUUUAGUGAUAAUGGCUGGUGAUCAGAAACCAACGUUCUUGGCCACCCCUGUGUCUAGCAGAGCUUCCGCUUUCGACGACAAAAAUUCCAAGAUUGACAACAAAGAGGAAGUGAAGCCAGAAAAUGGUGAUAAAACGAAAGGGGAAAUUGGUAACCAUGUUCAAACAAUUACAGCAUCAAUAGCAUCAGAACAAGAGCGAGAAGAAGAAAAUAGAGAGACCCAGGAGACUCGACAAGCUCAGGAACAAAACCCUUGAACUGCUACUCUUUUUUUUUUUUUUUUGGUCCUCUCUCUGAAGAGGGUGGAGAGUGCUUUUCAGAUUCCAGAGAGCUCUCCUCUCAGUUUUUCUCGUUUUCCUUUGUCGGGUUUUCGGUUUUGUUCCCUAUUUCUCCGAGAAGUGUAAAUUUUUGCUGAGAUUAAAUAGAUUUAAGGAUGCGAGAGUUUUCUUUCCA